CGAGAGAAGUUCCUCAACCAAAGUGAAGAAUGCCAGUGUCCAAGUUUCCAGGAAGAACACCAACCAUUUGUGCCAAAAUGCUCGAUCACCCGAGCCGACCCCGUUAUCUCACCUGCCAGCAACUACGGACUCACCACCAACUCGUGAUACCCACGACUGCACCAGGCAGAAAUUCCAGAGGAUCCACAAAGACAUUGCUAACUGCCUCACAGACAUUCAAACCCUCCUAAGCUCGUUUAUCAAAGAGGGACUGAACGAAUCGACAGAGAAUGGACAGGAGGCUGGUGGUUCAAACCAAGACCUCACCAUUGUGAAAGUAGUGUCCCGCAAGCUGUACUCCAUCAAACACCAGGCGCAGGAUCUGAAACGGCAAGUGGAUCACAUGCCGAAGAACAGAGGCCCGCUACUGGGACAGCAGAACAAGGAUACAAAAUACCUCAGCAACAGAUUGGCAUCGAUUUUCCAAGGGAUCCUCCGAAUUUUCCUCGACAUGUGCCGCUACCUGAAGAAAGAACCCAUCUACACACUCAACCCGAACAUGGUCUUUGUCUGCGUCGUCCACCUUGUCCACAUGCUCAAUGUCCUCUCUCUGCUCAUCGGCAUCUGGUCGGAGAUGGCGCACAUCUCUGGCAAGGCCAACAAUUCUGCUGCUGUCGACAGUUUGCACGAGAUGAUUGCGAGUACAAAACUCUUGUGCAGCCAGUUCCAGUCUGAGAAUACAUCUCCACCCCAGGCAAACAUUUUCAAUCAGUUGACUGAGCGACCAAAUUUCACUACAGACUUUUCUAAACGACCAGACAACACAAAGAACAAAGACAAGGACAGCAACAGGAUGAAGGCCACUUCAUCUCGGACUAUCAAUCCCAAGGGGAAAACCUCAUUGAAAUCCGGGCCCACAAAGCUUUUUCCAUCGAAGAAAACCAGCGUCAUCUACCCAGCCGAGCUACAGUCUCACCGCAAAAUACUAUAA